AUGGCUAACGAUGAAUGGAGAGCUCUGUUUCCAGCAUCGGAGGUUGAAUAUCUAGAGAUAAUAGAAUCUGAUCAUCGACCUGCAAUUAUUAAAAUCAGCCGUACAACCGAUAAAGGUAUCAAACCUUUCCAGUUUGAUACAAGGCUCUGUAAACAACCUGAAUUCGAAGUUGUAAUCAGUUCAUCUUGGCACAAGGAGGAACUAGGACCAUGCCCUACUAUUUUUGACAGAAUCAAAGGAUGUAGACGUGAUAUAGCUCUCUGGAUGCGUCAACAUCUCACCAACUCUGCUAUCCGUAUCAAGGAACUAAUAAAGGAUAUCGAUCUUGCUCAUACGGACAUCAACAUCUCUAAGUCACAGAUUCAGUCACUACAACGUGACCGCAAUACAAGUUUCUUUCAUGCCUCUGUGAAAAAUAGGAUUGCUCGAAAUUGUCUCCUCUCAAUUAAGGAUAAUCACGGGGCUGAUAUCUUCGGAAACCAGAAUAUAACAUUCGAAGCUGAACGAUAUUUCAGUGAGAUUUUCUCGAGUCCUGGCCAGACGGAUAUGCAGAAUGCGUUGUGCUGCCUAGACAGGAUAACUUCAAGGAAUGCUUCAAAGUCUUACAUGAAAAUGGUUGAUAAUUCGUAUCUCGGAAGCUCUGAUGAGCUUGUGAAACUCAUACAACGUGUUGAAGCUACAUUCAUAAAGCAUUUUGCAAAUGGUAAUAGGAGAAAAGGAAUGAACUUCUUACGACCUCAAAUGAAACGAGAGAGACACCGAGUUACAUUUUCCACUGGUUUCUCUGCUGGAUGUGUGUUUUCUCUUAUCGUGGCUCUUGUCACGAUCAUACGCACACGGAAAGCCUCUUCCAAUGAUGCCUAUGAAGACUACAUGAAUACUUUGUUCCCUCUUUAUAGCUUGUUCGGGUUCAUCGUGCUUCACAUAACUAUGUAUGCGAUUGAUAUAUACUAUUGGAAGCGUUAUAGAGUAAAUUAUGCCUUUAUAUUUGGCUACAAGCAAGGAACUGAACUUGGUUACAGACAAGUUCUGUUUCUAGGAUUCACCAUUGGAACGUUUGCGUUGCUUUGUGUUCUUGGAAAUCUUGAUAUGCAAGUAAACUCCAAAACCAAAAAUUACAAAGAAUUAACUGAACUUCUUCCUCUUUUCCUUUUUGUUGUAACUCUGUUUGUAGUUUUGAUCUUGCCAUUUCAUUUUCUCUACCGCUCGAGUCGGUUCUUCUUCCUCACAUGUCUGUUUCACUGCCUUGCUGCUCCUCUUUACAAGGUAACGUUACCUGAUUACUUUUUAGGAGAUCAGUUAACUAGCCAAGUACAAGCUCUUCGAAGCAUCAACUUCUACAUAUGCUACUACGGUUGGGAAGACUUCACAAAAAGAAAAAGCACCUGCGAAGCCUCAAACAUCUACAGCUAUUCCUUAUACAUUGUUGCAGUAAUCCCAUAUCUUUCCCGCCUCCUUCAAUGCAUGCGGCGUAUGAUUGAGGAAAGAAGCGUUGAUCAAGGAUACAACGGAGUCAAGUACUUGUUUACAAUAAUAGCUGUUAUUCUAAGAACAGCUUAUGGUUUUGAAGAAAAAAACUGGAAGGAUCCUCUAUUGAAGAAUCCUACAUUACAUUUCAAACUCAGAGUGUUAGCUGUUGGUUCCUCAGUUCUUGCUGCUGUUUUCUGUACAUACUGGGACUUUGUUCAUGAUUGGGGACUUCUGAACAAAACAUCUAAAAACCGAUGGCUUCGGGAUAAACUUCUCAUCCCACAGAAAAAAGUAUACUUCAUCGCAAUGAUCUUGAACGUUGUGUUGAGAUUCGCGUGGUUGCAAACGGUACUGAAUUUCGAAUUCGAGUUCAUGCAUAAGCAGACGACGCUUGCAGUUAUGGCUUCUCUUGAGAUUAUUCGCCGUGGGAUGUGGAAUUUCUUCAGGGUAGAAAAUGAGCAUUUGAAUAAUGUGGGGAAGUUCCGAGCUUUCAAGUCAGUUCCACUACCGUUCAACUAG